AGUCACAGUUUCAUACCGAACAGCCAUUUAGGAUACACUCGAAGAAUACGGGUGGUGUUGUGAUAGCGUACGUUUCUUGUCAGCGGCGCUUGCUUCGCAACUGUUUGUGGUAAUCGCAAAUAUGUCGAUAUUUACGCCAACGAAUCAAAUCCGGCUGACCAACGUAGCGGUGGUGAGGAUGAAGAAAGGCGGGAAGCGAUUUGAAAUCGCCUGUUACAAGAACAAAGUUAUGAGCUGGAGAUCAGGAGCAGAGAAGGACCUGGACGAGGUUUUGCAGACGCACUCUGUUUUCGUCAAUGUUUCCAAAGGCCAGGUGGCGAAGAAGGAUGACUUAACCAAAGCUUUUGGGACUGACGACCUUACAGAAAUCUGUAAACAGAUCUUGGCCAAAGGAGAGCUCCAGGUGUCAGACAAAGAGAGGCAGACUCAGCUGGAGACCAUGUUCCGGGAUAUAGCUACUAUUGUGGCAGAGAAGUGCGUCAACCCUGAAACCAAGAGGCCGUACACAGUCAGUCUGAUUGAGCGGGCCAUGAAGGACAUCCACUACUCUGUCAAGCCCAACAAGAGCACAAAGCAGCAGCAUCUUUCUACUUUACCUGAGCACUCAAAGCCCUUUAAGCAGAUAUCUGGGGAGCUCAGAGUAGAGGUGCUGCUCGUUCAUGUCAAAAGAGCCAGUUUAGAUGGUUUGGUCAUCUCAGGCCUGCUGGGCACCUCUAUUUAG